AUGCUUUCUUCCGCUCAAGCCAACAACGAUGCUCCAGUUGUUUCAUUGAGCAGUUCAGCUUUCAAUACGUUAUUUCAAGUCAAGUUCAAACCCAAUGCUGAUAUCGAUUCCAUUGUGCCAAACUAUCAACCAGGAAAUCCCAUCAUUUUAGACUGUCCAGGAAGAAUCAUCAUUGAACCAACAUUGCAAUCACACUACGAAGAUAAAGAGAAUGUUUCUGACCCAUUAACCACCCAAACACCAAGCAGAAACAUCCAAUUUGGUACCCUGGAUAUCCAUUCUAGUCAAAUCCCGACUAUCUAUCACACAGCGUUACAAAAUUAUGAACUUUCAAAUCCUAUCAACAACAACAACAACAACAGCAACAACGACAACAGAAGUAGUGUCAAUAGCAUUUUCAACGUUUUCAACAUUGAUAGGAACAAAUUCAAAACCACACAUGGAAACAAGUUAGAGGAUAAAAGACAAGCAACCACUCAUUUCGAUCCACCUCAACAGGAAGAUGAGUCUGUUCAAGCAUAUGCAUCUAACAAGGCUCAAUUUACAUUAAAUGGUGUGUUUCCAACAGUGGUUCACCAUUCUGCUCCAGCAGAGGAAAGAAGAGCUCUGUGUUUUCAACCAAGAGAUAGCAACCUGAAACCACCCAGUGAUUCGAAACCAAAGCAAACUCCGAAAUGGAUCAGCAAGAUACUUCGGAAGCGUGGUAAGAAGGCUAAAAAUGAAGUGAGAGCCGAAAAGGUUGUCCUGCGCUUUGUUCCAAUUGGGGAGAUAGAGCAUGAACCAGUUGUGGAGAUGGUGCACCAUGAACUGCAAAGAGUCGAGCUGCGCUUUUACCCAAUUAAUGAAAUGGUAACAGAACCCAACUUAAAGCCAAAAAAGACACACAAGAUUGGUAAGUUAUUUGAAAAAUGUGUCAACAAGGCAAGAGAUCUGAAGCCAGCACAAGGUGUGCGCAAAUUGCUUCACAAAAAGGGCAAGAACGUCAAUGCCAAUGAGGCGGUGAAUGAACAGCCGCGGUCAAAAGAUGAACCAGUUGUCCCAGAAGAUGCUACGCUGUCUGUCAAUUCACCUCGAUGGGAUCAAAUACCUCCAGAAUUAUUACCAAAGAGAAGGCAAAAGUUGCUUGGUAAGUUGUUUCACAGGUCUAUGAAGAUGACAGAAAACAAGACCGAAACAAUGGUGGAGGAAUCCAUUGUGGAGGAACCGCAAGCUCCUGUACGUGAAUCAAGAGAUACAGGAGAAUGGGCAAACAUUUUAUUUCCAGCAGUCAAUGACGAAACACGUAACUAUGAAAGUCAAAGGAGACAAAGUGUACAAUAUGAAGCGGAGACUAACAAUUAUGAAAGUUACGGUGUACAAGAUGAAGCAAGAUCCAAUCAUGAACGUGAAGUUGUACAAAACGUGGUGGGUCCUUGGAGGAAUUUAUUUGUGCCUCAAUUUGACAAUGAAUCUAGUUACAUAUCACUGUCAUACCUCGACGAACCAGAAGAUGAACAGAACGGAUACGUUCCUUUUGCCGAUUACAUCGCUCAAGAUGAAAUAUACUGGUAUGGAGAAUAUAAUCGACAAUGA